AAAGAGGUGUUGUAUAUGCGGUGUCCUGUAUUGUUCCCGGACACCCGACAAGCCGGGUUCAAUAAGCCAGGAACUUUAGCGACCCUUAACAACAACAACAACAACAACAUGGAGGGGGGUGUGGCGGUGCCUCUGACUCUCAUACAACCUCAGUAUUUAUUACAGUUUGUUCAUCAUGUAAUUGACUAUAUGUGUGGUGGACCGGGUGUCUCCCAUGAGAUGUACAAAGACUGUCCUCUUGAUAAGUUCUGGCUUGCUAUACAGCAAGUUAAAACUAUUGCACAGGAAGUGACAUUAGGAAACUUAACACAAGAAAAGGUUGUAAGUUUGCUGUCGCCACUCGGUCAGAAGACAGCAGAAAAUGUUUAUCAUAUUGUAAAUGCAAGAAACGCAGAGGUUGUUGACCACAUGUUGAGAGAAACACUGAAAAAUACUCAACAUCUGAAGGAUUUUGACUGGAAUGUUAGGCUGAGUGUUGCAAGUGACAAGGUGCUAGACCUGAACGAGUGCUUUCUAACACUCCACCUCCACACAUCUCCACCUCAAAGUAUGAAAGGCACCAGUGACCUCUGUGUUGAAAUGACUGCACCUCAAGUAGACAGCUUGUUAGUUCAGCUUAAAUCUGCACAAGACACACUUACUGCACUGUCACUUGAAUAAACUAAUUCAUUCUUAUAACUUACUCUAGUUAAGGAAGAUAGGCAUUGUCAAUACAGUGGACCCCUGGUUUACGAUCACCUCCCAAUGCGACCAAUUAUGUAAGUGCGUUUGUACAUGUAUGUUUGGGGGUCUGAAAUGGACUAAUCUAAUUCACAACAUUCCUUAUGGGAACAAAUUCGUUCAGUACUGGCACCUGAACAUACUUCUGGAAUGAAAUAAUAUCUUAAACUGGGGGUCCACUGUACUUAGUAUAGAGCUUUGUGAAGGUGUACAAGAUGGCCCUGAAUACACACCGCCUUUUUUCAGUGUCCCAUAUUCUUGUUGGUUUUCAGUUCAGCCAUUGUUCCACUUGCCAGUGAGUCACCUGCAGGUGGAACAAAAUGAACACUGGCUCAGUUUGAAUCCAGCAAAAAUGUGGAACACCGACAAGAAGAUGCCGUACCAGCUGGGUCAUCCUGUAUUUGAAAAAAGGCCACUGUUUAAUAAUUGUGUGUAGGAAAAGUCUGUGUCAUAACAAUGAUUGCUGUGGGAGGAAUUCUCCCACUAGCAGUGUAGUCAUUGCUACUGGGAGGUAUACUAGAUCAGAGCAGGAAAGUGAAUUCUCCUUUCUGUAAGGAUCUCUACAUGAUUUAAAAUAUCCUCUGACAUAGGUUUGUUCUACUCUAAGUAAUUUUUCUACCAUUUUACCACAGGCUGACUUUAAUUUAACCCAGUAGAGAGAGAGAACAUUCCAUUUAUUUUGUACAAUACCUGUGAAUAAUUUCCAGCUAAAUGUCUUUUAUCUCCUAAUAUAGUAUUCAGAUCUACACAUGGGUCAAGUUGUAAGUCAAAAAAACUAGUGGAACACUUUGAAAUUAUAGUAAUUGGGAGAAAUGAAAGUAUACAGAAUUUCUAAAAUUUAUAAAUAUCUUUGACAAUAGAAUUUAUCUAAAUUACCCCUUAAUAAAAAUUUGAAAUUUCAGUAUAUACAUUAGAGCCGCUCUCUCCUUCCUUGGAGUAAACCUGAUUACAUCCCAUUUCCCAGGCACAGAAUGACCCAUAUGAGUUUACUCUUAUGUUCUUGGGAAACACUAAUGAUUAUUGUACAAUGUUAAGAUAAUGUAAUGUAGUGGAAUGAGACACAUUGAAUUAAAUGAUAAUCGAGUUUU